AUGGAACUUGCUGCGUUUUUGACAUCUUUUCAUAAGGUUAAAACAUUGUUUCUUAGUUUUAAAGAAGUGGUAAAAGAUUAUAACCCUCUGCCAAUUGAUGGAUCAAUUGAAAAUUAUUAUCCAGGUAUAGAAGUUGAAGAUUUCCUCGAUAACCUUUUUGAUGGAGGUGAUAAUAACGACGACAUAUAG